CUCUCUCUCUCGCUCUCUCCCUCUUUGUCUCUACAUGUCAAUCUGCAGCUAUUAAAUGCGUGGCGGUGAAUCCUCCUCUCUAUUUGGACCUCUCCUCAACAUCACAGUGAAAAGAGAGCCGUGGGAAAACGCUAAAAAAAUUCUUAACUGCAGCUGUUGGGGCUGAUCGGGCGUGAAGGACAAGUCGAGCUACUAUCAGGUAAAGAAACGCUGUGCUGUUGUAUGAGAGGAAUGGGUUUCUCAAACAACAAGACAGGCGUAAAGACUGCAAGGUUUGCCCAAUGUUACUCAUCGGACUUAGCUAAUGCGUGCGUAAAUGUAACCAUACAGUGCGUCUCCAUCAUACAUGGGCAUGAGUGAAAACCCUGAAUUAUUCUAUUAUUCUACCGACCCAACUGCAAUAGUUAUUAAUUGCAGUUGGAGUAUUACAAAUGUAGAAGUAAAGUUUGUAUCAAAAUUUGCUAUAAAUUGUUAUUCUUUAUUUUUUUCAAACAUUGGAAAUUACAACACAAGCAGUUGGCAAAAAUAUAAUUUAAAAAUAUCCCAAUAAAACACAUCUAAUUGGUGUUUAUUUAUUUAGGCUUGGUUAAUUGGACAUCAUGUAUUUGAAAAUGACGCAGUGUCUGUAUGACGGUCCAUCCUCUACGGAUUGUGGUCUGACCAAGGACGCAAUAAUUCAGCCUAUUAGAGGUUGCAGACAAUGGAUGAAAGGGGAUUUAUUGUAUAUAUUGCUUGGGCUUGGUCGGUUCUGAAACCAAAUUAGGCAUAAACAGACCCAGUGAAGGGCUGCUCACACCUCUGUCUAUUUUAGUCCUUUUAUGAAAUGAUAAAUGUAUUUUCCCCUUUUGGCUUUAGAUUGUCAUUUAUUUUACAUGCAAAUGUUGCAUCUCAUUCAAUAUUAUACAGAUUGUUACCUGUGACCUUGACAAUAUCAGACAUAUAAAAAUGUAGCUCUUGUAUACAAGCAUUUCUAAAACUUGUCUGUAAAUAGUGGCAUAGUAGCAUUCCAGGCCAGUGACUACACUUGCUGCCUGCACUUUAUUGAUUUUUAAAUAUGAUAUUCUAUGUAUUUAUUUUUACUGACUGUCAAUCAUUAAAGGGGCAAUCAGCAGUAGAAACUAUAACAAAACACACCCACCGCUGUAACGUUUGUAACGUAAACAGAGCUAUGGAUGUAACAAAAUCAUAAACAGAGCUAUGGAUGUAAGGACUGACCAUCCAUGAUAUAAAAAUUAUAGUUUUAACCAUAUUUUGAGUGUUUGAUUACGUUUACUUUGUUGACAAAUAUUGGAGUAAAACAAGCUUAUAUUGUGGGUUCUGAUACUGUACGAUAGUUGAACUAAGCUCAUGAGGCAUUUAUAAGUUAUAUUCAUCAAGAAUCAAUGGGUAUAUAUCGCUACUUUAUAAGUCCAAAAAUGUAUGUAGGAACUGCUGAUUACUCCUUUAAGAUUUAAUAGUGAUGUGGCCUUUAAAUGUGUGUUUUGGUCUGUAACAAGGUUCUCAAUCUUAUUUGUAAAUGUCCAAUAGCGAUAUUGGAAUUGAUAAUUUUAUCUGUGUUACUCUGGAGGGAAAACUCACACACCGCGCCCCCAUAAGGGGUUGAAUGUCAACUGUUAUUAUAGGGUAUUCAACCACUUUAUUUGAGAGCAAUGUGCAGCUUUUCCCUCCAGAUUGUGAGCAUGAUUUCUGAAGACCGGCACACCUAUGCCAAGCAUUGACACAUAGUUCAACUUUCGUAUUUAUUCUCUCUCUAGAGCAUGGCAAGUCCUCUGGAGAAGGUGGUGGCCCAGAAGAAAGAGGCCAUCGAGGCUGUGAUGGAGAGUUUUGAGCGAGGGGCUGAGGUGUUGGCCAGCGCAGUAGGGGAGCUCUUCCCUCUCUGCGAGGCAGCCGCCCCUGUCCUACGACUAGCCCUGGACAACGUGCAGAGCAAAGAGGUCUUCUAUGUCAAAGAGCAGUUCCUGGCCGUGAGGAACAAGCUGGACUUACUGUCCACCCAGCUGGAGGACAUUGACUGUGAGAUUAAGAAGGGCCGGCUGGAUUCCCAGUACUUCUCGGUGGAGGAGAACAUCAGGAACCAGUUCUGAAAGUACAUGGACAUUCUGGAGGCCAAGUCACAGUUUCGGGAGGUCAAGACGAGGUUGUUUCUGGAACACUUCUCCAAGACCGGAGGGGAGAAGAACCUGUAUGUGCUGUAUGAUGCUCUGAUGGGAACCAACAGCUUUGGGGAGUCCAUCUUAGAGGUGGUUGAGAGGUAAAGUGUUCUUAACCAUGCUAAAUGGGCCUUUAUGCACCUGUGGUGCAUUGUGGUUGUUGAGUAUAUUAGUUUGAGAACACUUGUGGCAUUAAUUUGAACUGUUUACUUGUGAUUAUGGUAAAUAGUGGUUGCUUCUCCAUCUGUGUCAGGUAUGAGGCGAGAAACAGGCGCAUACUGGAGGACUUCUGUGUCAGGAUGAAGGAGCUCUUCUGCCUGGGCCUGAUUGCCCUGCUGGGCCACUGUGCCCUCACCAAGGGCCCCGAUGAGGAGCAGGAAACCAUCCAUGACUGGAGCAGCAAAAUUGAGAAAGUGGAAUCAAAGAUGAAGGCAUGCAUCGAAGUCUGCGUAGCAGCCUUCCCUGAACAGGCCUGCCUUGACGCCCAGCGUCUUCUCCAGGAAAAAGAUGAACGCAAUCUUCAGGACACGGCUCAGGAAGUACAGGAAUUCCUCACCAGGAAGUACGACUGGGUGAGCUGGUCGGUCCGAGUGGUUAACCACUCUGGCAGCAGCUAUUGGAACUGGCGUGCCGGGGACCACUUCCAACACAUGGCUGGUCAGAACUGGUUCGAGGUGUUGCAGGUGAACGAUACCAACCUGGUGGUUUCCUACAGCACCAGACCCCAACCGGUGCCCCUCGACUGCAUCCGGCAACUGAUGGAGGGGCCGGGGAAGAAGGGCGGUGCCCAGGCCGUGGUGGAGGUCCUGGAGAAGCAGCUGGCGGGGUUCGUGGUGCAUGCUGUCAGUCGCCACAAGGAGAGCGAGGCCACCUGGAGCUUCCCUGAGGACUGCCACUACUGGGAGAGGCACAAGAACGUGGCGCUGUGCGUACACUCAGAGUGAUGCUGAUAGAGGUGCAACAAGUCAGACAAAUAGGGAUCAUUUAUGUAAUCAACCAGAGGGGUUAUUCUAAAUUCUGAAUUGACCACCUCAAAGAGGAUGUGUGGGGAAUUAUAGUAAAUGGUGAUGAGGUUUUGUGAAUUCGCCAUGUAGUUUGUGCUAGUCAUUACGUAAUACUAUGCACUGUGUAUAGCAAGAAGCUUUGGUGGCAAUUAGAUUCACUGUAUAUAAAUCUGAAUGUAUUGCUAAUUUGAGGCAGUGUUACCAUAGCCAAGUGUUUGCAGAGUAUUUAAUGAACUAUAUAUGCAUUUUAUUAUAAGUGACUAACCCCUACCAUAGCGUAUGACCACAUUUUACUCAAUACUCUCUCAUAGUUAAAUAGCUUAACUCAAUGCAUCUUACCCUACUGCCAAAUACUCAGUUGUUGUGAGGAAUAACCUUGCUGGCCAUAAUUCCAAAGAGAUGAUUUUGCUGAGAUUGCAACUGCUGAGCUGUGCUCUCAUUUUGUCUCUCUACGACACAGGCUGGCCUACAUUACACUGAAAGAGAGCAUAGAAGCUGAUUUGCCGACCGUGAAAACAACUUGGCACUCAGUGUUCUCUACUGUGCCUUGUCUUCACAAUACACUCAAACCCUUGCUUCUGAACCCAUAUCAAGCAUUCUGCAGUAGCAGAACUUUAAUGGUAUUACCUCCCGAGCUGUGCCUAUUUGUGAACAGAUUAUUUAUGCCAGUUGUUACAGCAUGGAUGUGAAGUGAUGUUUAAUUGACUAAUCUUUCUAAUUCGCACUAAUUCAGUCAUAAUAAAAACAGCAUCCAAAUUCUACAUUAGUCAUUAUGCUUUAUGACAAUAAACGGUAACACAUCAGCUGUUAUUGGAUGUAUACUGUAUAUGAGUGUGUCUUGCCUGUCUUGUGUAAACAUGUUGACGUCUAUUGCCAUUAAAGCAAGCUAGUGCACCCACACUCAACGGGGCCCCUACUAAUUGAAUUGAUAUUUGCACAUAAGUCAGCAUUUCCUGACCACAGCUUUGAU